GUAUUCGACAGAGCACUAUACUUAUCCUUUAAACCGGAAGUGCAUAACAACAACAACAACAAUAGAACUCGAAAAUGAAUGCUCCUCCAACAUUUGAGUCAUUUCUUCUCUUUGAAGGAGAGAAAAAGAUCCAGAUUGAGAAGGACACUAAAGUACCAAAUGCAGCAAUAUUCACCAUAAAUAAAGAAGACCAUACAUUAGGGAACAUGAUUUGCACUCAGCUUCGUAAAGACCCGCAGGUGUUAUUCACUGGCUACAAGAACCCACACCCUUUAGAACACAAGGUAGUGUUACGGAUACAGACCACUGCAGAUUACAGUCCACAGGAAGCUCUCACAAAUGCCAUCACAGAUCUUAUCUCAGAGGUGUCUCUAAUGGAGGAAAGAUUUAGGGAAGCAGUAAGGGAGAGACAGGAAGGAGAUAUUUGAGGAGAAUUUAUAUACGAGGAAGUUGUUAGUUGUGAUACGUAUAUUCACCUGCUGGGACAGACAAACUGUAAAUUGUACAAUAAGUGGUGAAUGUUCAACCAUCAAACAUCCGACUGAAAUAUGAAAAAGUGAUGUUUUGAUGUUUGUCGUGUUUACUUGUGUUAAAUAAUAGAGAAAUGACUUUUAAAGUUAUUGCAUACUUUACAGAAAGUAUUAGUAUAUUUCAAUAUAGUUAUUUUUUAAGUCC